AUGACCACAAAGUACCAACCGCUGUUCGAGCUCGACAAGCUGGUCCAGUUGACAUACUCGACACAGGGCAAGGCCAUCUUUUACUCACAGGUGAACCUGGCCAAGGAUGACAAUGUCGACGAAGACGAUGCCGGAGGCUGGAUUUUGAGUGCCUUUACGGGAAAAGCAUACUUUGAACGCGAAUACCGUCGUGAGGACCUUGAUGACCUUCUGUCGUCGGCGGGAGACAAGGAUUGGACAUCGUUUUCAACACGGUUUCGGAGAGCCGUGGUGGAGGGAUACUUCCAUAUCGCGGAUAUGGGCACACGGGAAUGCAAAGUGAUUGUCGACAAUGACGUUCACACCCAAGCCGGUGGUGCCGGCAGUGGUGGCCUGGAGACAAUCCAGAUCGAGAUGUUUACUGUCAACCAUGCUACCCGCGGUGAGAAACUUGGGGAGUUUAUGUUUGAGUGUGCGGGGUACUUGCAAGGACGGGGUUGCUCGUUAAACGAGCAAAAAGGACGUACAUCAGGAACAUCGCCAUCAAAAACGACUACAGGAACAGCUCAAGGCGACGCUGUAGAUGCUGCCCGCGGAGGUGGAGUAAGGUCGUAUGAAGAUCUGAAGCUGGAGCGAGAUAACCUCAAAUCAGAGAACGCAGACCUCAAGAAGGAAAUCGAGCGGCUACACGCCAACGCUCUCAAGUCUGGAGCAAGCAUGAACGGAGGGUUGGGGACGGCGAGUGGUCGACCCAAAUCCAAGGCCGCAAAGGACGCGAUCAUUGCAAGAGAGCAGGUCUUCAAGAGACGCAAAGGCGCUAGUACCCUCAACCCACGAGUCAAAAGAGGACGUGCGGUGGAAGGAACCGAAUUUGGCGACAGCGACGACGACGACGAAGAGUAA